GAUUUAUACGAUAUUGUUUCACUUCGUUUUAUCAUUAUCAAUAUUUUUUAUUAUAAAUAUAAUUAUUUUUAUUGUUUAUUAGAUACUUUUCAUGUCCUAUACAAUUUUUCUGUAUGUGUGUAUGUGUUAUGAUUUUAUAUUUUUUAGAAGUCUAAAACUUUUAUAAUUGCGCGAUACACACGAACUCCAAUCCUAUAAGUCUAUUAUAAAAUUUUAUCCUUGAGCUUGUACGCGCGAGAGCGAUUCACGCAUAUACAUCACUUGUUAAACCUUGAUCGGAAAUACACGUAAUUCGCUUCCGAUUACCGAAUCAAGGUCGGCAACGCAUUAAUUAAGUCUUGCGAACUUGAGCUCGAUUUCAGAAUAGAAGAUAUUUCUCCAAUGUAAUGAUGCGAGAAUUCACGAUCUCUGAUAUAAUUAUAUCUGUAUAAAAGAAAUAAUCCAAAUUUUUAGUUUAAAUUUUUAUAGAUAUUUAAUUUUAUGUGUACCGCACAAUUUUAACAUUCCAUUACACAUAUAUAUACACGAUUGUAGAUGAGCUUCCUUAAAAAUAUUUAUUAUUCAUAAUAAGAAGCUAUUCUAAAAUAAAAUAAGAUUGUACAGCAGAAAUAACUUUGUCAAAAUUAUUAAUGAAGUUUUUAGAAGCUAGUUUCUAAAACUAAGAAACUAUUUCUAGUAUUUAACAAGAUAAAAUCGAUUUUUCAAUCGCAAUUCUCGAAAUUAAACUUUGAAUGAGAAUUUUAAUUAAUAUGUUCCUUCUCUCUUUAGAUAUACAUUAUAAUUAUAUACGCAUAUUUCAACGUAUAUUCGAAUACUUUUUUUACAUGUUAAAGUAUUCGAAAAUCGCGUUUUGCUAAUCGAAGCAUUCUCGGACAGAUUUUCGGAAAGUGUGAUUGUGAAUAAUCCGCUUGUGCCGAUGGAUCUUUUUUUCCCGAUGCGUCGUACCAGCGCAUCGGAUUGCAGGAUGACGCGAUCGUUAAAUCAUCUUUUGUGUCGCACACCGGGAAUUACGCAACGACGACGCCCUCGGCGUAUUAUACAUACAUAGAACAUACAUCACAUACAUGUAUUUACGUCGCGCGAUGCAUCACGACGUAUCUUUUCAACACCCAGUACGUGGGCCGCGUUCGUGUCGACUCGGCAUGAUUCGGGCGCGUUCGUGUGACAUCGACGGCAAAUCAGAUACAAUCGAUAGCGUGGAAAUCGCGGACGGAGAGAGAGGCAGAGAGGCAGAGGCUGCCUCACUUCGUUCACUCGCGUCCAGCUGGUCUAGCUGUCAGUCGUAUUCUCGUACGUCGUGUCGCGUUCCUCGCGUGUCAUGGGAGCGCGUGUAGUGUCUGCGUAGAGGAAACCUACCACAAUUGAUCGAUUCUCUCCGCGCGUACGCUGGCUGCGACAUCGAUGAAUAAGAUGCGCCUCGAAAAUGUUGCAAGAUGAAGAUGAAGCCCUGUACGAGAUCGCGUCCGAUCCGAAGGGAGAAGAGAUCCAAAAACUUAGUGUUAUACAAAGUCUACCAAGUCUUUUAGCUACCGACACGCAAUCAUGUAUGUCUCGAGUGGUACCUAAAAUGCAGCAGUCUCUGGCUACUGCAUCAACUGAAUUUCACAUAGCAGCAUCAUCUACGUUUAAAACAAUUUUAGAGCAAAAGCUUGUCAGUCAUAAUGUUUUCAGUCAGACAUUCCUUCAAAGUAUAUUAAAUUCUCUGGAGAGUCGUGAUCCAGUUAUCUGUCACGCAUGGUUGGAGACCUUACUGGAUGUGAUAGAGUUACUGCCGGUAGAAGUUGUAAGAGCACAGAUUCUUCCAUUGACUAUAAGUAAAGGACAGUUGUCACAACCUAUCUACUCCAGGAUAACAUGCAGCAGAUUAUUGGGAAAGAUUUGUACACGAUUUGAUUCUGCUAUGAUACAAAAGGAAGUUCUACCAACGGUACACUCUCUCUGUCAGGAUGUAAAUAGUGACGUGCGCGCUAAUAUUUGUUUGCAAUUACGUUUCGUUGCGGAGGGCCUUGGUGCUGAGUCUGUGAAACCUGCUUUACUACCGUCUUUAGUAGAAUUAGCAAGUGACGAAGAAAGCAAUGUAAGAUAUGCCUCUGUACAGACAAUAGUGUAUUUACUACCUCAUCUUCAGGAAGAUACAAUAAAAAAUAUAAUAGCACCACUUGUUAAAAAACUAUGUGAAAAUGCAGCUAAAUCAGAAGAUAAUGUGAUAUGCAUAAUAGCUCAAGAGUUGGGAAAGCUUGUACUUGGCCUAGAAAAAUGCUUGUCAACAUCAGAGAAAACAUGGUUCUUAAAGUAUUUUCAACAACUUGCACAGAUGGGAAUACCAUCAUUGAAGAAAGAGAAACUGCAAUUUACAUUUAUUAGUAGCAAUCCUACACAAGAUGAAAGAUACGUUGAAUGCAGAAGACAUUGUGCAUUUAAUUUGCCUGCAAUGUUUAUUUUUAUAUCAAACUCUUCAGAAGAUGUAAAUGCGUUACUUACGACAUUUGAUGCAUUGACAAGUGAUCAUUAUUAUAUGGUUCGGAGAACUGUUGCUUGUGGAAUUCACGAAGUGACGAAGGUUUUAGGAUCAAAGAGUGCACGGAUAAGGGGAAAUUUAAUAAAAUUAUUGAAAGAUGAUUCGGAGGAAGUGCUUCAAGGGUUAAUUCCUCAUAUAGGAUUAACAUUAGAAAGUUUAGCUGAAAAUCAAACUGUUGGAACAGAUAGAGUGGAUUCUACUCUGAUGGAAAUAGGUAAAGCCUUAUUGAAGUGUGAGGCCAAAGUCGCGGGUACAUACAAUUGGAGAUUGGCGUCGUUGAUGCAUGCGCAGUUAGAGAUUUUACCUAAAUGUUUUCCCAGUGAUUUUAUAUACUCGUAUUUCGUGCCAAUGGCUUUCUCCAGAAUUUUGCAUGCACGACCGAUACCGGUACGUCUUGCCGCAGGAACACUUUUUCUUGUCCUUCUACGAUACAACAUGAAACCUAUACAAAGAGCGGAACUGCGUAAUAGAAUCUUUACGGAUAUAGCCAAUAAUCCUGAUUGUUAUGUGAGAAUGAUGUUUGUCCGUAUGAUGAUCGAAGCGUUGGAAAUCUUUUCUUCCGUUUAUUUUAAGGAACACUUUUUCAAUGUCUUAUUGAGUCUGGCCGAAGAUCCAGUAGCUAAUAUAAGAAUGAAAGUAGUAUCUUUACUGCCACAACUAAAGAAUCAGCUGUGGAUACCAACCGAUAAGAAAUUAUUGACAUCAUUAGAGUCGAUUGUGAGACAUUUGGUUAAUAAUGAAAAGGAUAAAGAUGUGCUAUUUAUUUUAAAAAGUGUCACGCAAAAAUUAGACGAAAUGGAUGUCAAAUAUGAAGGCCAGACUUUAACAACGAAGCUUACCAAACAAGAUAUAGAAGAUGCCAAAAAGUUGGAAGAGGAAAAAAAGUUGUUAGGUAUAGGUGCAGGAAAGUCAGCGACUGGAAGUAUAGUAAAGAAAGGUUGGACAAGAACAGGAAGUGAUAUUUCUACAAGAGGAUUGCAGUCAAAAGGUGAGCGUCCAGUGGUGAAUAAUGAAGCAUCAUACGAAACAAAGUUGUUAUUAAUGAAAUAUGGAGCUGCACCAUCGCGUCAAACAGUUGAAAGUUUAAAAACAAGAAUUCUACUAACACAUCCUUGGGAAAGAGUAGGAUAUUUUAAUUCACAUACUAAUACGUCACAUCUUAACUUUGAAAACGAACCAUCUAAUGAUUAUAUCACGCAAAAGCUGCAAUGUAGCUGCUCCAAGUUGGCUGUAUUCAAAGCUCUCUUGCAAUUGCCGGAUACAUGCGAGCAAGAGUAUAAAAGUAGUGAUGCUUCCCAAUGCGGUUCGUAUUACGAUACCGACAACGAUCGCGCAAAGUUUCGAGAACAAUCGAUCCAAGCGAGCGAAUAUAAUAACUCUUCCACCUUUGCUUCAUCAAAAUCUUUCCUUCUGCCGCUUGUAAGAGAAGAUAAUAAGCAAGAGUCGCAACAGCAUUCCCUACUAACGGGGCGGGAUUACUCGCAUGAAUUUCCUACUAACAUCGGCGACAAGGACAGAGCGCCGAACUUUGCCGGUCUGAGAGCCCUCACGGACGCGGCUCAUUAUAAUUCCUGUUGGGCUUUUAGCUCCAUGCCAGAAAUACCCGUGAUGCAGUCGGACGAUGAAUUCUUAGUGGACGCCGGUAUCAGGAUACCCACGCAAUUCUCCGCUUCCCCGAGCGCAUCUAAAAUCCCGCAUUUGCAAGAUUUUAUCGCCACGAGGAGACGACCAAACAACAGCGCGGUUCGACCUAGACGAAAUAGCGUGAACUUCGAUAAGACCAAGUUCAAGAGACAUUCCUCUGUUGAAUACGAAGAUUGCAUGAAACGUAGGACAAGUGAAAAUGAUGAUCCGUCAAUGAGAAGUACAACUUCGAUAGAUUACGAAGAAGGUUUGCGACAACGUAACAUGUUGAAGGAAAAUCUGAGCGACCAGCAGUCGUCUAAAACUAAAAGAUAUUCGGCGCCGUACGGAAGAACUAGGUUUGGAUGGGACGCUAGCCAAGAGAGAUCUGUGGACGAAAAAUUUAAGAGAAAUUCUUUGAUACUCGACAAGGACAAAUUGAGAUUUGCUAAUUCCAAGUGUGUGCUAGAUCGCACGAAACGUCAUUCCACAAAUUUUAGCUUGAAGCUAUCCGACUCUAAAGAAACGAAGCAAAACGUGAAACGUCACAGUCUAGAAGAUCAUACAACGGUACAUCGAGCUAUAAAAGGAUACUUUUCGACAUUGGACGUAAACCAUAAUCAAGGUCUUAGCAAAAUCCCAUUGAGAAAUAUCGAGUCUCGCAGCAGAACCGCACCCGCUACCAGAGCAUCCAGCCCCGUACUCAUGGAACCGCGAUUUAGAUUCGACGUCGAGAAUUGUGACGAUAUUCGAAGUUCUGCUAGCGACAGACAUUUAAGUAGAUUUAGCUCGAGUGACGAGGAGGUCGACAAAUUAUGUAAGAUGCUAUUACAUUCUCAAACAAAGAAUGUAAUAGCACAGAGUAGCACAAGCGGAACACCAAGAAGUAGAGGAAGAUAUCCUAUUCACCUGUUAAUGAAGAAACUAUAAAACGGUAUUAUUCUUUCUAUGUAUCUCUUAUAUAAUUUCUAUAUAACUAUUCUAUGAUUGCAUUUAACAACUAUAUGUUAAUUUUUAUAUGCAGAUUUCCAAAUUUAUUUACAACGAAGCUAAAUUGAUUCGGAAUAAUAUAUAACUGCUUUGAAGUUUCUUUGCGAAAUUUAUAAUUGAAUAUAAAUCUGAUUUUACAUGAUUAAUUUUUCAGCAUCUCAAAUAUAACGUUAUCGCAAGUAAAUAGAUAAUCUCAUAAUAUUCAAUAUCUGUAUUAUAAACUACGAUAUUAUUUACAGUAUUAAUAUGUAUUUUUAUUUAUUUUUGAAAUUGUAAUGUAUACAUACCGUUGUAUACUACCAUUCUUUCAAAUCUAAAAUCACAUAUCUUAACAUAGAACAUCAUUGAUAAUUCUGAUUCUGGAAUAAGAGAUUCCAAGAGAAAUCACAAAUCUUGCAAAUAAUUUUAUUAUUUGGAAAGUCGUAGUCAUAUAAGAAUUGUUUUUGAGAAUGUAUACAAACCUUAAUUGCAUAUUGGCAUUAACGCAAUUAAGUUUGCAUUGUAUAAUAACUUUAUAUACUUGCUAAUUAUAUUAGCGAAUCAGUUAUUGUCAUUGUCUUUAAUUAACGCUCUAUAAACAGGGUAUAUCUUUAUAAUUCAUUGAGUAACAUGGCAAUUUUUCUGCAUUGUGCCUUUUCUAUACAGUAAUUUUCAUUAUUCACUUAAUGUGAUGCAAGAGUAUCUGUAAAUUCUUAUUUUAUUCUCAAUUUACAUAACAGAAUAUUUUCUAUCAGAUUGAUAAUAUUUAGAAUCAUAUUAUAAAAAGAAGGGUUUUUUUUUUCUUGGAAGUCGAUAUUUUAUCUAAUAUUCUUUUUAGCUUUAAAUUUAAUGUACAUAAUUACUUAUAUAAAUAGCUUUGUGAAAUAUUAAUUGGUGACAAGAGAUGCGUUUUAUUAAGAAUAUUUAGGCUUAAUACAAAAUUAAUUGCUCGUAAAAUGGCCCUAUGUACUUAUAUGAGAUAAGAUAAUAUUAUAUUGAUUUUUUUAGUAUUUUUUAUUAUUUGCUGAAUCAAAUUAUGAAGAAACAAUAUGUACGCUUAUUUCGAGGAAGACUGUUUUUUAGAUUCUACGAUUUAAAAUUAUAGAAUAAAAAAACUAAGAGGGAGAUAUUUCAUUUAUAUGUUACUUCAGAGAUACAUAUUUAAUAAUAUUGGCCUUUAACAUAGUAAGGUUAUAAUUUCUUAUUACUAAUAGUAUUAAAAAUGGUUGUUAUUAAGAAAAUGAGUUAUUCUAGAUCUUAGAAUAAAAUAUUACUAAAUGAAGAUUUACUCUAGUAGCGAGCGCCUAGAAUCUAGUCUGCAUAGAUAUAGUCUAUGAAAGAUCUGGAAAGGUAUAGUCAUGAUUUGAGAUUUGAGAAAUAACAAAAUAUAUAAUAAAGUAGAUUAGUAAAUAAAUAUUUACAUAAUCAUUUUUAAUUUUAAUCAAAAUUGAUACAUGUGAGCCUCAAUUAUAAAGAUCUGAUGUAUAUUAUUAUUUUCAUGCAUCCAUUUCAGUAUAGUUGCUAUUGUUAAUCAUUAUUUAAGUUAACGAUAUCAUUAUUUAAGUUAAUUUUUUUUUUUUUAAUUUAUUAUUUAUGAGAAAGAUUAAUCAAAAGAAGAGAAUAAGUGGCAUGAUUCAGUAAAAAGACCAUUUCUAUACAAAUCAAUCAUAACACUUUUAAAAAGAAAGUUAUUUGAUAUUAAUACAUUAAAUUAUUUUAUUUACAAAGAACUAGCUGUCUGAACAUAUGUUUAGUUCAAUUCAUAGAUCUCAAAUUAUGACUAUAUUUCUUUCUAAUAUAAUACAUUCAGAGUAUCCCAUUAAUGAUGAAUAUUUUUGGAAUGAUGCAAAGUAUAUCAUUUUUCUGCUUUUCAAAUAUAUGGUUUAUUGGAAUCCUUUCAAGAUUUGAGAGAAAAUAUAUAUUAAUAAGUAUUUUCGAGUUUUUACAGAUAUAAGUUAUAAUUUUUUGUAUAAGAACAUUUUCUAUGUGCACAAAUAUUUCGGACACAAAUGAUUUUAAUGAGACUCUAAAUAAAUAAAAUUUGCAUUUUAAUUUUAAUCACACACAUGCUACAUUUCCGCCGAGGAAAGCAUCUUUUUACAUAACAGAAAAGGUUCCAUUAAACCAUAAGUUUAAAAAAGGAGAAAAUCUAUUUUGCAUUUUUAUAAAAAUGUGAACCUCUGAUAUUUUUAUUGGAGCCUCUUAUAAUGAAGAGACCUAAAUGCAUCCAGAGCAUAAUAGAGCAUUUAAAUAAUUGUUUUUAAUUUUCUUGCUGCUACUGUUGCCUGUUUUAUUGAUAUAUUUAUAAGUUAAGUUUAAAGAAAUAUAAAGCGCGAUAUGUCUCAAUGAAAAAUUUAAGUAAGUUAUAGAGAAAAAAAAAUUUUUUUAGGUUGUAUAAAGUAUACAUAAAUUCAAUAUUGGAUAUUUUAAUAAUUCAUAAUUGAGCUUUUAAACACACGUGGUCGAAAAACAUUUUUAAGCCAAAGAGGGUUGUUAAUGAUAUAUAAUGAUGUACAAAGUUUCGAAGGCAUUAUAUACACACUUAUAUACAAAAUAUCUUUAAAAAGGCAUAUACACGGUUAUAUUAUUAUUGGAUUUAUUUUUUCGCGUUAAAAAUUUACGACUUAAUAAUCAAAUUCUUAACGAUCGAGAUAAUAAUUAUUUUUUUAAACAUAUUUUUUGUUUAACAUUAAGGGAAUUAUUACGAAAAGAAUAUUUUACUUUAUGAUU